AGUCCGUGGGGGAUGGGGAGGGCCGGGAGGGGGAUAACCUGCAAUGGAUUUCUCUGAUCCCAUAAAUGACACUAUAUUCCUUGUCGUUCCAUGCCAUAGUAUAGUUAAGCACCGAGACCAAUGUAACAUAUGCUUCCUUCGACCCUAGGAUUUGAGCAAACUUUAACCAUAACCUCAUUGUAAAUUGUCGUUUUCACUCGAUCAGAGAGGUACGAGGCCUGAUUCCAGCAUAAUGCAAUUUUCUGCCCUGGGCAUUGUUAUUCACGACAUGGUAAUAAGUUAUGGGGAAUCACUCUGGCCUGGACCAAGCCCAAGACCAGGCGAAAAUAGAAACAGACAGCUAGAUCAUCAUCAUCAUCAUCAUCAUCAUCAUUAUCAAUCCUUAUUGCCCCUAGUGGGGCAUGGGGCCGCAGACAACUAGAUCAUGCCCGACUUACUCGUUGGGUCGAGUAGGGUGAUAGGGCAGAACACGUGUAAAUUCUUUUCUAAUGUCAUUUGCAUAAUCUUUAGGGUUUGCAUAGCGACAGCCUUCCUCUCUUGUUACACGUUGCAGGUUAACGGCGGCGCAACAAACACCAAAUUGUUAGAGGGACGAAUCAUCAAGCUCGGAGUGGUUUGCAAUGGUCCUGUUAACCGUUGGAUGCUGUUUAAAUAUGUGGGAAAUAUCAAAUGUUUAGCACCCACUUUACCACCCAAAGUUACAACAAAGCCAGGAGAAAGAAAUUUGAAAUUAUUUCCAUCCAAAGGAACAGGCAUGGCUGGAAACACGGUAAUUGAUUUGAAACUUGUACGCAGUGCCUCACUUUCCAUGCCUGUGGUCUACACCGCAAUGCCGAACGGAUUUGAUAUUCGACCAACAGUCUCCGAUGUUCGACCGACAGUCAACGAUGUUCAACCGACGGUCUCCGACGUUCGACUGAUAGCUCCCACCCGUCCUGGCCGUGAACAGGGUGCAGAUGAUUCAAGCUCGUCCCAGGGCCUCAUCGCUGGACUUACCGCUUCCAUAUUAGCUGUUGUCAUCAUCAUUGGCUUCUUUGCUUAUCGACGCGGUUAUCUAAACAAAUUGAAGAAGCCCAAGCUGCCUGCUUUGAAAAGGGUGAAAAGAGAGAACACAACAUCGGCGAACACACAAUCAAGCUCAGAGAGUGGGCACAGGACACCAGAUAUCAGGCACGCAUCAAAUUAUUAUGCGUCAACUUACGUAGUCCCUUUUCCCCCCAACCCAAGCCUUGAGUAUGCUUCCUCGAGCCUUCCUGUGGGACUCAAUACUCAUUGCCAUGACGAAACAGCUGGUACCCAACAGCCUGCCCAUAAAGCUGUCUAUAAAGAUCCUGAUUGUGACAGCGACCUGAGGUCCAAAACGAAAGGUCCGGUCUGUGCUGAUCAACCUGUAUACAAUCAAAUGGAGGAGCUGUCGGUAAGAGGACCUCCGCUGGGGUCUGUAAAAGAUCAUGACAAUGGUACGCAACAGUCUGGUGCUCAUCUGAGCGUUCCUGUGGUACACCAAGCCUAUGGACAUGACAACACCCUGGAAUCAGCUGGCUACAGAGAUCCUGAUUUUGACAACGAACUGAGGUCCAAACUGAAAGGUCGCGUCUGUGCAGAGCAGCCUGUUUACAACCCCGUGGAGGAGCUGUCAGCGCGAGGAGCCAAGGGACCUGCCAAGGGUCGCGACAAUGGUACUCAACAGCCUGUGUGUACAGCUGUCUAUAAAGAUCCUGAUCAUGACAGCAAAUUGAGGUCCAAAAAGAAAGGUCCGGUCUGUGUACAGCAGCCUGUUUACAGUCAUGUGGAGGAGCUCUCAGUACGAGGAGCCAAGGGACCUGCCAAGGGACCUACUAGGGCUCCUGACAAUGGUAACCAACAGCCUGUGUAUACAGCUGUCUAUAAAGAUCCUGAUAUGGACAGCGAACUGAGGUUCAAAAAGAAGGUUCCGGUCUGUGUACAGCAGCCUGUUUACAAUCAUGUGGAGGAGCUCUCAGUACGAGGCGUCAAGGGACCUGCCAAGGGACCAACUAAGGCUCCUGACAAUGGUAAUCAACAGCCUGUGUAUACAGCUGUCUAUAAAGAUCCUGAUUUAGACAAGGAACCGAGGUCCAAAAAGAAAGGUCCAGUCUGUGUACAGCAGCCUGUUUACAAUCACGUUGAGGAGCUGCCAGUUCGAGAAGCCAAGGGACCUGCCAAGGGACCUGUGAAGGGUCCUGACAAAGGUAUUCAACAGCCUGUGUGUACUGCUGUCUAUAAAGAUCCUGAUUUAGACAAGGAACUGAGGCCUAAAAAGAAAGGUCCAGUCUGUGUACGGCAACCUGUGUACAGUCACGUAGAGGAGCUGUCAGUUCCAGGAGCCAAUGGACCUGCCAAGGGUCGUGAAAAUGAUAUACAACCAGAGUGUAAUGCUUUGGAAUCUUAUCUGGAAUGUUCAAAAAGACCUAGCCAAUAUGGUACCACGAUAUCUUCAGCAGAGCUGGUUUUCAACACGAUGGAAAAAUCUAAGCCUGGGAUACAAGGAAACCCAAUGAUUCCUGAAUACGUCAAUGAUCCGAUCUUUUAAAGUACUCGAGGACGAGUCUUUUCAUCUGCUGGGUAUCCCAGCAGAUGAUGAAGGAUGCGGCACCAGAAAUGUUCAAGAACCUCUGUAAAACGUUCUCGAAGGACCCGACCCAAAGUAAACAGCGAAACAAGUAGUGUUGUCAUUCGUCGAUGGCCAUCUACGCUGAAACAGAAUGAACUGGGCCAUUAUGAGGAUGUAGUGCUCAGUUCUCGAGGAGAAACUUUGUCGUGGCGCCCCAGUGGAUGAUAAAGAAUACAGCAACAUAAAAGAUUCAAUGUGUAAUUCGACCCAGAGUAAACAGACAAACAAUAAGGUAGAGAAACAAUUAAACAGAAUGAACUGGGCCAUUGCGAGGAUGUAAAGCUCAGUUCUCGUGGAGGAACUUUACCUUGGAGUCCGAGUAGAUGAUAAAGGGUACAACGCCAAACAUUUUCAAGAUAUCAGUAGAUGACUUAACCCAGAGGUCCCCAAGAAAACACACGAACCGAUCCAGAUUUAACAGACAAAAAUGUCGACUGAUAAACAAUAAAAGAAUAAUGACCUGGCUGUUGUGAAGACUCAAGGUCAAUCAGUGUACUGUUGUAACACCACUAAUUUAUUUACUAAUUCAACUGAAAUAAAAACGGUUUCGUGUAUACACAUAUCCAUGUAAAUCGAUGAUUAUGUUAGCAGAAAUCCUGCAAAACAUAACUCACAGUGGCUACUACACCUUUCAAUUUAGCAUUACCACUUUGUUUCCCCUCUGGGAAAGCUUUCGCAGGUCAUAAAGUAUCUCUCGAGUUUAUAGAGCGUUUUCCCUCACGUGGCAAGAUUCAUGUAAAUUUUUUUAUUGGAACAAAGGAAUGUGCUUACAUAAAAAUAGAUUCAACUCCAACAAUUGGUUUUGGACACCAACAUACUGUUGCUAUAGUAACAUAUACUGUCACGAAAAUGAUAGCAACGUGUUCACCAAUGAUUGGUUCUCUUAAGAACUAAUUGAAACACUAUACCGUGAAGCCCCUUCUGUUGAGUUCCUUGCUUGAAAUAUAAAGUUUGACUUUCUUCAGUUUACAUAAAAACUGACAAUGCUAUAUGGAACUCACAAUGGGCAGAAACAAAAUAGCGACAAUAAAAUGAACUGCUGAGAACUUGUUGCUAGGCCCUAUGGGCUACAUUCUCAGAAGGCCGUGAACUGAACCGUUGUAUUGUGUUUGACCGUUUUUAAGUGAGAGCACAAAACUCCCGGGAGACAGAAGCAGAUUAAUUUCUAAAAAUAAAGAAAAAGAAGGUACGAAAAGGUUGACUCUCAGCCUUAGUACUGAAGAUGGCGGUGUGGGCCCCUGACAUUCCCCUCUUCAUUUUGCUAGUUAGAUCUCAAAAUCGAAAUAGCUCAAAAUGAAUAUUUAAAAAAGUUGUUUUUGUGUAAGAUGCAUCAGCCCAUUAGUUGCAUUGUUUACAUGUAGGAAAGUUUGGUUUCUUACAUAAAUACUCCAGAUAAUAACUAUUGCAUAAUAUGAAAUUAAGGGCUACUCAAGGAAUCUUUAUAUCACCUCUGAUUACUUACUUACCUUCAUGUUUGAAGGACAGUUUAAAUUAAAUGUUUGCAAACGCGA